AUGCAACACUUAGAAAGCAUAGUUUCAUUGACUGAAUCGUGGAAACAGACUCCUUGGGAAAAGGAAGACGUAGAGGCCCUAAUUUCGCACCUUCGUGCUCUUCGGGCUACUUUUGUUGACACGUCUGUCUUGGGUGGCCAUGACGCCAACCAAGAAGAAUGUACACAAAUCCUCGUUGCUUUAAGUUCUGCUCUUGCCCUCCUCCUCACUCCAGAGUCCAGAAGUUACCUGGACCAGACGGAGGGUCAAUUUCACCUUGUGGUGUCCGUGCUGAUUCAGUGCUUGGUGAAUUGUCUCUCUUAUAUGGCUCAGCAUCAAAUACACGUUUCUGGUGAGGUCACAGCUACACUUAUUGCGUCUCUCGUCUACAAUACGUCCAUUCGAGACUGGAUCUUCUCCCUCAAAUUGAUCCACGCAUUGCCACUGUGGCGAGUGCGAAUAGGUUGUUAUGCCUUCAUCUUAAUCACCAAUUUGAUCACCUCCGUACAACAGUCCGGCAUUUCAUCGGAUUUUACAACAUUCCUCCUUCUUGCAGUGCGUGCUAUGAAGGUGAUUAGUGUGAAUGGAGGCGAGAAUGUUCAACUAAUGCAGACCUGGUUUGAUCAUUGCAUCAUCCUCAUCAGUGCACUCUGUGCUCUCCCUAUGACCGGGGAGUACUGGAAGCACAAAAUUCGAAAACAGGAACGAGCUGUGGAGUUGUGCACAGCUUUAGGCACCAUUCUCCUACUUCAUGACUACGAAGAGCAGUUGGAGGGAUUGGAUGCUCCAUCAAUGAAGAAAUUGGCUGAGUUGUGUGUGAAUGCCUGCCUGCCUGGAAUAAAAGUUUCACAUGAUUUAUGGAUGGACAUAAUGAUAAGCCUUCUUAGACAUUGUGUUUCAAAGUCACCGUUCAAACUGUCACAUGAGGAAGAAGACAAUGCAAUCGUUGAGCCUCUUUGUGUGGCUCUGCCCGACGAUGAUGGUCAAGGGAUGCUUGCAAUUAUGCGAGGUAGUGUCUUCUUAACACUCAACCUCCUUCCAACAAUU